AUGGAUUCGUCAAGCAUCAAACAAGGCGACAGCAGCUCGCCGGAGAGUUCGGCCAUUAUAGAAAGCGACGAAGUUUCGGUUCCUUCCGCGAAAAGCUCCCAGCUGUCGUUGAAAUCACAGCAGAUCGCCGCAGCACGGGCAGAGAAAGCAGCAGCCAUCCGCAGAGCAUGUGAUGACCAUGAUGUGGAAGCGUUGGUGUCAUAUGCGACGAGCGAAGGCGGCUUGGUUCAAGACGAAUUACGACAAAAGGCCUGGCCCAUAUUCUUACAAUGUGACGAAAGUAUACAACGUGGCGACCUCAAGCCCCUGAAAGAUCUCCCGCGACAUCGCGAUGAAGACCAAGUCCAGUUGGACGUCAAUCGCUCUUUUGUCUAUUAUCCCAAUGCUCCUGAAGACGAGCUUGCACAGAAGAAGGCACAACUUUCCGACCUGAUCAUCCAAGUCCUCAGGAACCAUCCCAUGUUAUGCUACUUCCAGGGAUAUCACGACAUUGUACAAGUUCUUCUCCUGGUCUUAGGCAAUCAGAAAGCCGCAUCAGCCAUGGCGAACUUGUCUCUUUUCCGUAUUCGUGAUUACAUGCUUCCCUCGCUCUCACCAGCCGUAAAGCAUCUUCAUCUCAUUCCCGCCAUUAUUGAAACCGCAGACCCGGCACUAUGUCGACACCUCGCCAAUAUUCAACCUUUUUUUGCCCUCGCGGCUACCCUUACCCUGUACGCCCACGACAUCCAGGAAUACAGCGAUAUCGCCCGUCUCUUCGAUUUCCUCCUAGCUCGCGAGCCGGUAGUCGCCAUUUACUUAUUUGCCGCUAUGAUACUUUCUCGGAAGAAGGAACUAUUGGAAAUCCCGGCGGAUGAGCCUGAAAUGCUUCAUUUCAAGCUUUCCAAACUACCUUGCCCACUGGAUUUGGAUGGCCAUAUCUCCAGUGCGGCACAGCUUUUCGAAGAUCACCCUCCGGAGUCACUACCAUUUGGUGCAUGGAGACAAAUCUCUCGGAACAGUGUGCUCAAGGCCUCACGAGACCUGUAUCAUGAUUAUACCGUCGCAGAAGCGGUAACAUUGUUCGAGCGGCAAGCGCGACAGGUCCGAAACGAAGAACGUCGUAAGGAAGCUCUCGAGUUCGCUUGGAAGCAUCGCCGAGCGGUUGGCUCUGUGGCAUUGGCCAUUGUGGUCGGUGCUGUAUCCAUAUAUAUUCGCAAGAAGGGUCUUGAUUCAUCUAUCUGGUCUUACGUUGGUCGAAUUCGAAUUAUGCUGCUGGGUUAG